CAUCAUGUUACUGCUGUAGAUGUGUUUCCGAGCCGCUCCAAUUACAACGAGAGUUACAACGAGAACGGUAGUGACAAUCUAUGGUGACAAUAGCAAGCAACCUUUCAUCUGUCUGAACCUCUGAACACAGAGCUCCUCCCCUUUGGCUCACUUGAACUUCUGUAUUUUGGACUACUGGUAUCAGUCACAUUGUGUAUACUGGUCGACGCAGCAGAUUAUAAGAGAAGCUUAACACUUUAGCACAAAGCACAAUUAGUUUUAAAAAUGAGCAGCAGUCCUCCUCUUGUGAAUGUGGGAAACUGGAUCACACAGAAUGAGAAUGCCUUUCUGCCACCAGUGUGCAACAAGCUCAUGCAUUUCUCCCAGUUGAUUAUCAUGUUUGUUGGAGGUCCAAAUACAAGGAAGGAUUAUCAUAUUGAGGAAGGUGAGGAGCUCUUCUACCAGGUGAAGGGAGACAUGUGUCUGAAGGUGAUAGAAAACGGGAUUCACAAGGAUGUGAACAUCAAGGAGGGAGAGAUGUUCCUGCUGCCAGCGAGGACCCCCCACUCCCCCCAGAGACAGGCCAACACUGUGGGACUGGUGGUGGAGAGGAGACGUCUGCUGACGGAGAACGACUGCCUGAGGUACUAUGUUGACAACACCACUUAUCCCCUGUUCGAGAAAUGGUUCUACUGUGAGAACCUCGGAACCCAACUGGUGCCAAUCAUCAAAGAGUUCAUGGCAUCAAAGCAGUGCAAAACAGGAAAGCCUGAUGCAAAUGAUGUGUUCAGAGACCCUCCAUUCCAGAUGAACACGAUGAAGGUGAUGUCACCCUUCUCCUUCAAAGACUGGCUGAACACCCAGAGGCCGACCCUGGCCAGCGGCAGCCCCAUCGACAUGUUCGGGGAUCAGUUUGAGACCGAGGUGAUAGUGUAUGGACCUGGGCGCAACGAGACGUCAGUACGGAUAACUGAUGCGUGGGUUUGGCAGAUGGAGGGAUCCUCAAGGGUAACUUUGAAUGAGGAGGAGUUCCUUCUCGCUGCAGGAAACAGUUUGCUUAUUCCUGAACAAAGCCAGUACCAGUGGCAGAGAGAUGAAGGGACUGUUGCUCUGUUUGUGGUCCAAAACCCUGAGCGGAAGAGACCCUGAACAUCACACGGCCAUUCACACACACAAUAAAUGUGCCAGUGCAGUCAGUGCCUGUUAAGGCAUGCCAGUUCCUAAUGGACCCAAUCAUUUGCCUGUGGUAUUUAACUACAGCUCACUUAUGAGAGAAAUUACACUAAAUAAAUCAAUAGAGAUAAAUUGUGAUUAUUUAAAAUAAACACAUGUUCUUCCUGAUUCUCCCCUUUUUGUGUUUCGCUUCCCAAAUGACACAUUUCCUCUUUUUUCCCCCUUAAAGCAUUGGGUAGGCGUUACAUUAUGGACGGUUUUUACAGGAACCAUGUCAAAAAGCCUCCGAGCAACUGCCAUGUUUUUGAUAGAUUGUGUAGAUUUUCUUUGCAAGUAAAAAAGUGUUAUGAAUGUUUUCAAAUGAAAUAUAUGUAUUGCAUGCAUGCCACGUUCAGGUGCCAGUUUCUUGUUAAAUCAAGGCGAGACACGGCAGGCAAAAACAUCGUUUUUCAAGCACUGGUCAA